AUGGAAGAUCAAGUUACUCGUUUCAAGAAUAAGUAUCUGAUAAAUCGUAGUAACACAAAAAGAAUGACAAUACGUAAACCCUAAUUAGAUCAUUCACCAGAUAAUUGGAAGGAAAUGUUUGGUAACUUCUUAAAUGAUAUCUCGUUAAAAAGGAAACAUCAUAGAGAGAAGACUAUGAAUGUAUAAUCAUAUUUAUAAAUAUAUUAGCCUCUUUAAGAUCCAUUAGUUCAUGAGAAUCCUCUUUUAAUACAAUGUACAACUUAAAGAUUUAAGUUGGAAUUAUUUAAGUAUCUCGAAGGAGAAUAAAGUGUUUAUGAGAUGAUAAAUUCUAUCAAUUUCCCUGGAUUAAAAGUAAUUAUAUACUUGGACAAGAGUAAGAAAUAAGUCCAGACUAAACAACAAUAAAACAUCAUGUCCAAAAGUUGCGAAGUUUUAGAAAUCACCAUAGUGUUCCUAUAUAUGAUAAUUCUAUUCAUACAAUGUAAAUGAAAUAACAUCAUCUAAUGAAUGAAGGAAAAUUUACAGAAGCUCAGUAAAUAUAACAAUAAUUACAUGAAUAGACAUAAAGGAAAAUUUAAGUUUUAAGAGAUUUUAUUUAAGAAAGAGUAAUAAUUAUUAAUAUUACUAUUUUUAGAUUGAAUUAAGAAAAAAGGCUAAUUAACAAUAAAGAUUGGAAGAAAUUAAAAAUAUUCAUUUUAUUAAAACCUUCUAUGAUAUUUCUAAUGAAUAUCGUCUUAAACAUUAAUAAUAAUAAGAAUAAUUAAAUGAAGAUUUUCAUUACUUUAAAAAGAGUGUUCCAGGUUCUAAAAAAUUAAAAUAAUUAUAUGUGAAUUAUGAUAAUGUUUAACCUUAUGUUAAACACUAAGGCAAACACUUUGAUAAAUAUAGUUAUCCAUCUAUUGCUAUUCUUAAAGAUACUAUGAAUUAAUAAAGCAAAGAGUAUUUAUAAGAAGUUGAAUAAUAGAAAUAGAAAAGAUUAGAGGAUGCUUUGAAAUAAGUUAGAAAAUUAUUAGAAUCUCAAAAUAUUCGUUUUAGUAGUAAUAGAAAUAAUAAUAAUAAAUCUUAACCUUUAGAUUGGUAGAUUGAUGUUACUAUUGCAUCUCCAAAAAGAAAUCCUAGUGAAAAGAUUAAUAUCUCUUAAACUGGAAUAGAUUAUAAAAAUCUUAAAGAUUAUGUAAUAGCAAAGAAACCUUUUUUUCUAUUUACAAAAAGAGCUAAAUAAGAUAAAAAUCCAAAAAAUGCUCAUGGACUUAUUACUAUGUAUGAUCUUAAAUUAUAUGAUUAUAUUCAUAAUAAAAAGAUUUAUACAUCCAAUCCUCAACUCAAAUAGAUAUCUGAUAAACUUCAUACUAUGAUUGAAAGUAAAAAAGAAUAAGAAAUUAAUGCUUAAUUGGAAAUUUAAAUUGAAUAAAGAAAAUAUUAAUUAAAUAAAAUGAAAAGAGAUUCAGUACCUGAACAAUAUUAAGAUGAUGUAUCUUAGUAUUCAGAUGAUUAAUCAUUAUAAUCAAUAUAUGAAGUUAAUUUGGAUAUGUUAUAUAAUUAAUCACAUUAAUUACAUAAAAAAUUAGGGGAAUCAAUUGAUGGUGGAUUUGCUAAAAGAAUAAAAUAGAUUAUAAAAUUGGAAGAAGUAAAUCAAUAAUGUUUGAAAACUAAUAUAGACAAAUUAACAAAAUAAAAAAUUGCUUUUUGA